AUGCUGAGGUUCAGAGGAAGCUCAGAGGAUUCUGUGUUAGGAGUUGACGGGACAAUGAGAACAGCCAGAAAGCUGUCUGUGUUAUGCUGGGUUUUGUAUUUCUUACAGAAAGAAAUUCAAGCAAUGAGUCAAUGCAAUCACCCCAAUGUGGUGACCUAUUACACAUCGUUUGUGGUGAAGGAUGAGCUUUGGCUGGUUAUGAAGCUGCUAAGUGGGGGUUCAAUGCUUGAUAUAAUAAAGUAUAUUGUCAACAGAGGAGAGCACAGAAAUGGUGUCCUUGAAGAACCCAUAAUAGCAACAAUUCUUAAGGAGGUUUUGGAAGGUUUAGACUAUCUGCACAAGAAUGGGCAAAUUCACAGAGAUUUGAAGGCUGGCAACAUUCUUCUGGGUGAAGAUGGCUCUGUACAAAUAGCAGAUUUUGGUGUUAGUGCAUUUUUGGCUACAGGAGGUGAUAUGACUCGUAACAAAGUAAGGAAAACAUUUGUUGGUACUCCAUGUUGGAUGGCCCCUGAAGUAAUGGAGCAGGUGCGAGGUUAUGACUUCAAGGCUGAUAUGUGGAGUUUUGGGAUAACAGCCAUUGAGUUAGCAACAGGAGCAGCACCUUAUCACAAAUAUCCUCCUAUGAAAGUGUUAAUGCUGACGCUGCAAAAUGACCCUCCCACUUUAGAAACUGGUGUUGAAGACAAGGAGAUGAUGAAAAAGUAUGGCAAAUCCUUUAGAAAAUUAAUUUCUUUAUGCCUUCAAAAAGAUCCUUCCAAAAGGUAGGUCUUUAUUGCAAUG